AUGACACAACCAGACACACCCAAACCUGCUACCGACAAGCAACCCAAACACCCAACACCUGCUUCCCUCGAUUCAGGUCCUGUGCAAGCCUAUGCAAAGUUGGAAGGAGACGGCUUUUGUUACUAUAUGCGAACACUUCAAGUGACGAUGGGUCGUAAAGUCACCAAACCAGAUAAUGUGGAUAUCGCACUCGGCACUCUUAAAUCAGUAUCUCGUCACCAUGCUCGACUUUUUUACAACUUUACCACGCAACGAUUCGAGUUUAUGGUUUUUGGCAAGAAUGGAGCGUUUGUCAAUGAGCAGUUUGUUGAAAAGGGUGUUACGGUGGCAUUGGAGAACCGUACCAAGAUUCAGAUCGGCGAUGUAUCAUUUGUAUUCUUGUUACCACGCAUGGAUCCUGAGGAUGCGACAACUUGUUCGAAAAAGGAAGCUACAACAUGCAUUUACAAACCUCAUCAGCUACAACAACAACCACAGCAACAAUCAUCGGAGCAAUCGACAACGUGCGAUAAUUCAAUGAAUGAAGAGCCGGUUUACGACAAAGACACCAAACCACCUUAUUCUUACGCCACCCUUAUUGCCCAAGCCAUCAAUUCUACCCCUGAGAAACGCAUGACACUCAAUAGUAUUUACAUGUAUAUCCAUGAACGAUAUCCCUACUUCAAAAUGGAAAAUGCUGGUUGGCAGAAUUCGAUUCGACACAACCUUUCAUUGAACAAAGCCUUUGUGCGUGUACCUAGGCAAGGGAAUGAACAUGGUAAAGGAUCAUAUUGGACCAUUGAUCCUGAGGCAGAGUCCCAAUUUCCGAAUGGCAUCUAUAAGCCGAAUAAGCGAUUGGCCAGCACUUCAAAGGAUGAAGCCGCUCGAAAACGAGUUCGCCCUGAUAAUCCUCCUUCAGCGUCGUCUCCUUCACAACAACAACAAUCAUCAUCAACAAAUGCACCAUCAUCAUCACCAUCAUCAUCAGAUCCAUCACAACAACAAGCUGUCACUGCUGCUACUGCUGCUGCCGCUGUUGCUGCAGCUGCCACGACAACCACACAAUCGCCAUCCAUGGCAACAACAACGACAGCAACAGACACAGCAGCAGCAGCGGAUACCACAUCAUCCAAUGCACCUUCACCUACAAAUACGACAACUCCCGUAACAUCAGAGCAACAACAACAGCAACAACAACAACUUCAAGAGACGAUACGACAGCAUUUAUUGGAUCCUGUUCGAUAUCCAUUACCUCCAAGCAUUGCUCAGCUUUUGCCACAAGCUAUCGCUCAAUUACCACCUUACCUUGCUAAGCGAUUGACGGAUACAUUACAAGCAGCUCUUCGUACUCAUGUACAACGUGAUAAUCAACAACAACAACAACAAUCUCCUCCUACAACAACCACCCCAACCACCGCCACCAAUGAUACAACUACCACUACCACUACCACUACUACCAUCAAUGAUACUACAACUGCAUCAUCACCCUCUGCUGAUAAAAGUAACAACAAUACCGCAUCUACAACUACCCCUACAACAGAAAAGCCAUCAUCAUCCUCACCCACUACUGCACCGACAGAUGCCAAUGACACCACCUCAUCUACUCACCAACAAGAUACAUCUAAAACUGCUUUGGAGAAUACAGAAGACAAAAAGACUGCUGGCAGUUCCCCAUCAUCCACCUCAGCUGAAGAGCCAAUUGAUGUACAAUCAUGA